AUGGGAGCAUCUCCGAGAGCCGCUCCACGUUCUGAUCACAGCGAGCGAUUACACGAGAGCCCGCUGCGCCAGGAAGCUGGCCAUUGGAGUGAAUCGUAUCAUGGCUCUGCUUAG